GAAUUUUGAUUGGCUGCUACCCUGAAAUACAGGCCCUAAAAAUGCCUGCUUGUUUGAACUUAGAAGAUGACCUCAGUAAAUGAUAAAAAUUAAGAAAGACAUUUUGAUUUUCUUAUUUUCCAUUGGCAUAUGCUUCUGGAAUAAUAUUCAUCAUGGUUUUGGAUGACCUUCCAAACUUAGAAGACAUCUAUACUUCCUUGUGUCCAUCAACAGUAGAAGACUCAGAGAUGGAAUUUGACUCUGGACUAGAAGAUGAUGACAUAAAAAGUGAUAGUAUUUUGGAGGAUUCCACAAUCUUUUUGGCGUUUAAAGGAAAUAUAGAUGAUAAAGACUUCAAAUGGAAAUUGGACACAAUAUUGGAGAUUGUGCCCAAUUUGUUACACAUGGAAUCCAGCAAGCUAAAGGUGCAGAAGGUGGAGCCCUGGAACAGUGUGCGUGUGACAUUCAACAUCCCCCGGGAAGCAGCAGAGCGGCUGAGGAUCCUGGCUCAGAGCAACAACCAGCAACUUCGGGAUCUGGGGAUUCUCUCCGUUCAGAUUGAAGAAUGCCAGGUGACUUACAUAACCUGUGCUUCACAUUGCAGCACCUUUGGAUAAAGAGGAAUUCAGGCUGUUAAGGCUGUUACUGGGUCCUGAUGCUCUUAAGCAUCUGUAGUCUCAGACUCCAUACCUUCCUUGGCUGAUUUUGGCCAUUUGUCUCUCAGAUUUUGAUUUUACUGGCAUCUUGACCAGGAACUGAUUUGUCUUUUAAAAAAUACCCAAUUUCAAUUGCUUCCUUCCACCAAGUAAGCCUUGGUACAUUUUUCUUUAUUCAUCUAACGGAGAUCAAGAGGCCCUGAGCAGUCCUCUUAUAGCAAUUAUUCAUUUUUCAAACAUUUUUAGCCACAAUGAUUUUUUCAGAAUGAAAAUCAGCUCAACAUAUAUUCGCACAUCUGCAUCCAGCUUAAAAUCCUGAUAUUGUUUGCCGUUGUUCACAGGAUAAAGACCAUACGCCAUACAUGUUCUGACUUCUGCCUUCCUCAUCUUGCCCUAUCUUGCACAACUCAACUCCCUUGCUGUCUGUGGUCCAGCCUUUCCACAAUUCUUUUGGUUUCUUGAUCAUGCAAUUCUUCCUUCUGCCACCGGGAUCUUUGCAUUGAUGUCUUCUCUAUAUAGAAUGCUUUCCCUUACUUAACUUCUACUCAGUCUUCAAAUAUCAGCUUAAAUGUUCUGGAGGAUACAUUUUCUGAACCUUCAAGCUAAGUCAGAGUCCUUUGUUAUACAUGCCCACAAAAGUCUGUUUCUUUCCCUCACAUCAUUUAUCUCACAUUUUCAGUAGAGCAAUUAUUUGAUUAUUGGUUUAUUCUCUCAAUAGACUGUAAGCUUCAGUAGGUCUAGGACCGUGUCUGGUUUUGCUUGCUUUGUGUCCCUGGCAAGAACCUGUAUCUGUUAGGUUCUUGGUAAACAUCUCUUGAAUGAAAGAAAGGGAAACACAUGUAUAAUUACACUGCUCUGCUUCAGCACUUGGAAUACAAAGAUGAGUAAAAUAUGGUCCUUGCCUUUAUGAAUUCAAAAGGAGAUCAUGACCUUGUGAAAAAUGUAAGUACCUAGUGUGGGGAUACAAAAAAGGGUUCUAUCUUUGGGAGCCCAGGGAGCUUGAACCCCCAUAUCCCCUCUUGUGUUGAUGCAGAAAAUGUGUCAACCAGGGAUUCCAGCCUUCCCUUUCACUGGUGGUCUAAGCCCUCCUGAUCCUAUGCUUACUUGGAUUCCAAGUGUGCCACAAAACUCAGCAGAAGAGGAGGUUAUCAUUUCAUAUAUAGGAGUGAGACAAAUUUUACGCAGUCUAGGAUUAUAGGUUGCUGUACCCCCAAAGGGGCAAUAUAAAUAGAUAAGUACUUACUUAUUUGUUUAUUUAGAAGAGUUACAUGUAGUUUGAGAAUGGGGUUGAAUCUUUUGAAAACGAGAGACAGGUGGCUUAAACGAUCACUAGUUUAUUAUAAAGA